CCCAUCCCCUGCCCGCGCCGGCUGCAGCGGAGCCGGGAGCUGCCCCUGCCCGGCAGGUGAGUGCUCCGCAGCCCCCUGUGCCCCUCUCGCCCCCAGCGCCUGUCCAUGGAUGCCAGCAAGAAGGUGGAUCUGAAAAUCAUCAUCAUCGGAGCUCUGGGCGUGGGCAAGACCUCCCUGCUGCACCAGUACGUGCACAAGACGUUCUACGAGGAUUACCGCACCACGCUGGGCGCCAGCAUCCUCACCAAGGUCCUGCCCGUGGACAGCACCCCCCUGAAGCUGCAGAUCUGGGACACGGGGGGACAGGAGCGGUUCCGGUCCAUGGUGUCGACCUUCUACAAAGGCUCGGACGGCUGCAUGCUGGCCUUUGAUGUGACAGACAGGGAGUCCUUUGAGGCCCUGGACAACUGGAGAGAUGAUUUCCUGGAGAAGGUCAUCCCCAGGGAGCAGGAUUUCCCCAUGGUGGUGCUGGGGAACAAGAUAGACCUCAGUGACCGGCAGGUGCCCAAGGAAACAGCCUCAGCCUGGUGCAAGGAGAAGGACAUCCCCUAUUUCGAGGUCAGUGCCAAGAACAACAUCAACGUGGCCGAGGCUUUCGAGACGCUGGCCAAGCAGGCGCUGAGCACGUAUAAAGGGAUUUUGGAGAGUUAUUUGACCGACUCCAUCAAGCUCACUCCCAACGACAAGCCCAAGCAGAGAUGCUGCUGACCCCACGGUGGAGCCCUGCCCGGAGUGAGUGCCCGCUGCCCACCCCAGCUGCCCACGGGGACCGGCAGUGCCAGGGCUGGGCACACCAGGGCCGUGCCAG